AUGUCCGAGGUAAAAAAUGUUGAAGUUGAUCCACAGGUAGAUGUAGUUGAUAAAGAAUUUUUGAUUAAAUUGAUGCUGUCCAAAAGCAAAGACGUUUCUUUAAAAGCUCAAGUUUCCUAUUUUCUGUUCAGCAUCCCAGUUUCGAGUGUUUCGUCAGAAAGGCGAAAAAAUUUGUCAAACAGAAUAAAGAUUGCCUACUACCAUUACUUUGGAGUAAAGGUGGCGGAUCAAGAAAGAACCUGGGCUCCACAUAUUUGCUGCAGUGUUUGCUACGUAGGUCUCACUCAAUGGUUAAAUGGGAAAAGAAAGCAAAUACCUUUUGCCAUUCCAAUGAUAUGGCGUGAGCCAAGAGAUCACCAUUCAGACUGCUACUUUUGCAUGACAAAUAUACAAGGACAUUCUAAAAAAACCAAAGCAUCAAUUGUGUACCCUAACUGUUCAUCUGCAAUAAAACCAGUUCCCCACAGUGUUGAAUAUCCUGUUCCAACUCCUCCUACAGACACUGUUCUUUAUAGCGAAGAAGAACAAAGUGGUGAUGAAAAGGUUGAUGUUGAAUACAAACCAGAUUACGACAAAGAUAAACCUCACAUGAUCACGCAGGGAGAACUUAGUGAUCUGGUAAGGGACCUUGGGUUAACUAAAAAUAAAGCAGAACUCCUGGGGUCUAGAUUACAGCAAUGGAAUUUACUGGACAGAGGAACUAAAAUAUCCCAUUUUCGUGACCGGCACACCGAAUUUGCAAAAUUUUACAACAAAGAAGACAAUAUAUGUUACUGUGUAGACAUUGCUGGAUUAAUGACAAAAUUGGAUGAUGAGUAUGAUCCUGUAGAUUGGCGUCUGUUUAUUGAUUCUAGUAAAGUCAGUCUAAAAGCAGUUCUGCUACAUAACGGAAAUGUUAAACCAUCCAUUCCUGUAGCCCAUGCAGUGGUUAUGAAAGAAACAUAUGAAUCUAUGAAGACACUUCUUAAAGUUAUAAAGUACACUGAUCACAACUGGGAUAUCAGUGGGGAUCUCAAAGUUGUUGCUCUUCUUCUUGGGAUGCAAUUGGGGUACACGAAACACAUGUGCUUUUUGUGUCUGUGGAACAGCCGUGAUGAUGCAAAUCACUAUCUCGUCAAAGACUGGCCUGCGAGAAUUGAUCCGGUACCUGGACAAUUUAACAUUCUUCACGAAUCGUUGGUGAAUCCUGAUAAAAUCUUCCUUCCUCCUCUUCAUAUCAAAUUAGGAAUAUUUAAAAACUUUGUCAAGGCGCUACCUACUGAUUCGAAAGGAUUUAUUUAUCUUAAAGAUAAAUUCAAAACCACUCUCACAAACGCAAAGAUAGCUGCAGGAGUUUUUACUGGACCACAGAUACGUGAAGUUAUUCGUGACCCAAAUUUCAAAUUACAACUAGAGCCUGUGGAGUUGCUGGCUUGGGAAGCGUUUGUGGCACUGGUUCAGAAUUUUUUAGGAAACCACAGAUCAGAAGACUAUGUGAACUUGGUAGAAAACUUCAUAAUGGCAUACCAAAACAUGGGUUGUAGAAUGUCCCUAAAAAUCCAUUUCCUCCAUUCCCACCUUAGCUUCUUUCCUACCAAUUUAGGAGCUGGCUCUACUAGACAGGACAGACUAACGCAUGGUUUCUUCACACGUCUGACCAGUGAAAGCGUGCGGACAGUCACAAAAGAAUCCAUCCUCGUCACGGAAGCAUUUGCCUCCGUUCUUGCAUGGAUUAGAUAUGCAUCCGUCCUCUACUCGUUAACAUUCAUACAACUGACUCUUAGAACAAUCCUUGCCAAAGUAGCCCUCCUUGCACCCAUUGGCACAUGCACCAGUAUUUACGAAACAUGGUUAACAGUUAACAAAUCGCUGCGGACAAAGACCUUCAGUACAGUUCGCUCCGAAAAACCCAGCAGUGCAGUUGCAUUCCCAGAUAAUUUUAACCAAGCCGAUGUCAGUGUGAGCGCAUUGGCCCCCGUUUUGGCAGAAUGA